UAAGAAUCCUGUGUUCUGCAUUUAUGGCUUCUGAAGCUCCCAGUCCCACCAUUCCUCUUCUUACGCCCUGCAAGUUGGCGAAAUUCAAUCUAUCCCAUAGAGUUGUUCUGGCACCGCUGACUAGACAGAGAUCUUACGGCAAUGUUCCUCAGCCGCAUGCUAUCUUGUAUUACUCUCAGCGAGCUACCAAGGGGGGUCUUUUGAUAAGUGAAGCUACAGGUGUUUCUGACACUGCUCAAGGAUAUGUUGAUACACCUGGAAUAUGGACAAAAGAGCACGUGGAAGCAUGGAAGCCCAUUGUGGAUGCUGUUCAUGCCAAAGGUGGUAUCUUUUUUUGUCAGAUCUGGCAUGUGGGAAGGGUUUCAAAUACAGGUUUUCAGCCAAACGGGCAAGCCCCAAUAUCUUGCACAGACAAGGGACUGACCCCACAAAUUCGAAGUAAUGGCAUUGAUGUUGCACAAUAUACUCAGCCAAGGAGGGUGAGGGCUGACGAAAUUCCUCAAAUCGUCAAUGACUUCAGGCUCGCUGCAAGGAAUGCUAUGGAAGCUGGUUUUGACGGGGUUGAAAUUCAUGGUGCCCAUGGUUACCUUGUUGACCAAUUUAUGAAAGAUCAGGUAAAUGAUAGAACCGAUGAGUAUGGUGGAUCACUAGAGAACCGUUGUCGGUUUCCUUUGGAAGUUGUUAAAGCUGUUGCUGACGAGAUAGGGGCAGAGCAAGUUGGAAUUAGAUUGUCACCUUUUGCACAUCAUGCAGAAUGUUGGGAUUCCAAUCCUAAAGAACUUGGCUUGUACAUGGCGAAUUCCUUGAAUAAAUAUGGCAUUUUGUACUGCCACAUGGUGGAACCAAGAAUGAAGACUCCUUUAGAGCAAGUUGAGUGCCCUGACAGUCUUGUUCCAAUGAGAAAGGCCUUCAAUGGCUCCUUCAUUGUUGCUGGAGGCUAUGACCGCAAAGAUGGCAACAAUGCAGUGGCAGAGGACCGUGCAGAUCUUGUUGCCUAUGGUCGGUGGUUCUUGGCAAACCCAGAUUUGCCAAAGAGGUUUGAGCUUGAUGCCAUUCUCAACAAGUACCACAGGGAGACAUUUUACACUUCUGAUCCUAUUGCUGGAUAUACUGAUUACCCAUUUCUUGAAGUGAUCUCUUAA